AUGUCAACAGUCUUCUACCGGUGGGGCGCUGGGCGGGAUGAGUCCCGUAUCACCUUUGACGGGACGCAUAUCAGCGUCUUUGAUUUGAAGCGGGAGAUCAUCCUCGCGAACAAGAUGGGGAAUGGAAAGGAUUUUGACUUGGGUGUAUUCGAUAAUGUCACCGGGGAAGAAUUCAAAGAUGACAACCAUCAAAUCCCCCGUUCCUCAUCCCUCAUCGCCCGCCGUCUCCCCUCCUCCGCCAAAGGCCGCGGAAACGCCCAGAACUAUAUCGUCGGCACAGCGUCAGCUGAUGAGCUCAACAAUGCGCACCGAAUUGAGGCUCACGCUCGGGACGCCAUGGCUGCCAAGGCUAACAAGGGGUCGCGAUUCGGAGGAGGCAAUUACGGGAGUAUGACGAAGCGGUUUGAUGGAGGCGAAGCACAGCCAAAGGAACGGGUGGAAGUAUCUAUGGGGAGUGCGGAGGCGGACCAGGGGGUGGCGGCGUUCUUUGAGCAGAGUAGGGAGACUUGGGAGCAGGAGCAAGAGAAUAUGACUGUGGCGCCCGGACGUCAAGCGCAAUUCCGCCGACAACAGCAGAGCAGGCCUGGCGCACCUGGAGGCGGUGGCGCCGGUGGAGCGGCCGCAGCAGGCGGGAGCAGCGCUGGUAAAUUCGACUAUUCGAUGCCGCCCGACAAGGAGCCGCCUGUCGGAUACAUCUGUUACCGAUGUGGUCAGAAAGGACACUGGAUUCAGGACUGUCCGACCAACGACGAUCCUGCCGCCAUGGAGCGGAAGCGAUUCGUACGAGUCACGGGUAUCCCUCGGUCUUUCCUCAAGACGGUAGACGCGCCAGUAGGCGCAGAAGGGAGUUCGGGGGGUGCUAUGUUGACUGCGGAUGGAGGAUUUGUCAUGGCUGUACCGGACCAGCGACAAUGGCAGAAACACGCUUCGACGAAAAGGCGGACAGGCAAUAACGACGCGGACGGGUCAGGACCCCCUCCAGAGCUCUUAUGCCCCAUCGACCGCGUUCUUCUCCGCGAAGCAGUCGAGACGCCAUGUUGCCAUACCGCCUUCUGCGAAGAGUGCAUCACGACUCAUCUGGUCGAGCACGACUUUGAAUGCCCGCAGUGCGAGAGUAAGGUGGCUAGUCUGGAUAGGCUGCAGCCGGACGAGGAGGCGAGGGAGCGGGUGAGAGAGUAUCAGAUGGGCAAGGAGGAGGAUGCGGCGAGGGCAGUGAAGGCUGGAUUGCAGUCUGAACCGGAAGAAGGCGCGCUCUCUCCAAACCCAGGCGAUCCUACCACAGCCACCGCUCGUACUGCACCAUCAGCGGCAAACACCGCCGCCCCAGCCCCACCGGAAGUCAAGCCCAUCCUCGACCCCGUCAAGAUGAGAGAGAUGCUCAAUCCACAAGUAAUGAACAUCUAUAUGACUCAGAUGGCCAAAAUGCUCCAAAAUCCCACACUUCCCGCGCAAGCCAAAGCCCUCCUCCAAGCGCAACUCCAACUCGUACAAGCAAGCGGGAUGAUGGGGAUGGGGCCGGGGAUGGGUAUGGGGCAGGGCAUGGGGAUGGGGCAAGGGAUGGGAAUGGGCGGUAUGGGCAUGGGGAUGAACCCGAUGAUGGGUGGGAUGGGAGGCAUGCCGCAGGGCCAGAUGGGCAUGGGCAUGGGCGGGAUGGGAAUGGGAAUGAACGGUAUGAACAAUGGUAUGGGGAUGGGAAUGGGCGGACGAGGAAGAGGUGGAUUCGCUCCGCGCGGUCUGACCGGCGGGUUCAGGGGAAGAGGAGGGUCUGGGGGACGAGGCGGAGGGAAUAUGAUGCAGCCGCCUCAGGGGCAACAUAUGGGGCCGCCAGGUGGGGGACUGCCGGGUGGCGGAAGAGCGCCAUUGCCGAAGAGACAUGCGGAGGAGGCGGGGUUUGAGGUGCCUGCUGGGGUGGAGAAGAUUGCGAGGAUGGGCUGA